UCCGCGCAUGCUCACUUUCGCAGACGUGCUCUUGGCGAGCCCAAAACAAAAAUGGCGGCGCCCGUGGGACCGGUGCGCUUCUGGAAGCCGGGUACUGAAGGCCCAGGAGCAAGCCUUGCGGAGGAGAGGCCGAGCAAUGCCGAGGUGUCAUCCGUCAUCUAUAACCCACAUGCUUCCCUUUCCAUUGAACAGCAGAGGCAGAAAUUGCCUGUAUUUAAGCUCAGAAAUCACAUCCUUUACCUGGUGGAAAAUUACCAAACUGUGGUGAUUAUUGGAGAAACUGGAUGCGGGAAAAGCACACAAAUACCACAGUACCUGACAGAAGCUGGAUGGACGGCAGAAGGAAGAGUCGUCGGCGUGACCCAGCCUCGCAGGGUGGCAGCAGUUUCGGUGGCAGGGAGAGUGGCAGAAGAACGCGGAGCCCUGCUUGGACAUGAAGUUGGCUACUGUAUAAGAUUUGACGAUUGUACUGACCCUCAAACCACACGUAUCAAGUUUCUGACCGAUGGUAUGCUGGUCCGAGAAAUGAUGUCGGAUCCACUGCUCACCAGAUACAGUGUACUGAUGUUGGAUGAGGCCCAUGAACGGACACUGUACACUGACAUCGCUAUUGGCCUUCUGAAAAAGAUUCAAAAGAAACGAGGAGACCUGAGACUGAUUGUGGCCUCGGCAACACUGGACGCAGAGAAAUUCAAGGCUUUCUUCAACCAGAAUGACACUAGUGACCCCAGCAGAGACACAUGCGCUAUCUUAACUGUGGAGGGAAGGACGUUCCCAGUUGACAUUUUCUAUACACAGAGCCCUGUUCCGGAUUACAUGAAGUCUACAGUGCAGACAGUCAUGAAGAUCCACCAGAGUGACUUGGAGGGUGACGUUCUUGCUUUCCUUACAGGCCAGGAAGAAGUGGAAAGUGUGGUGUCCAUGUUGGUUGAGCAGGCCCGUAGUCUUGCUCGCUCAGGCAUGAAGAAGCACCUACGCGUUCUCCCCAUGUACGCUGGACUCCCUGCUUCAGAACAGAUGAAGGUGUUUGAGAGAGCCCCCCACAGUGUUCGAAAGGUAGUUGUUGCCACGAACAUUGCAGAGACAUCCAUCACUAUAAACAGGAUCACCUUUGUUGUAGACUGCGGUUUCGUUAAGCUGCGAGCAUAUGACCCCAAGCGUGCGGUGGAAUCACUGGUUUUAGUUCCUGUUUCACAAGCAUCAGCCAGUCAAAGAGCUGGACGCAGCGGGAGGAACCGGUCUGGACAAUGCUAUAGGUUAUAUACAGAGGAGGAUUUCCAAAAGCUUCCUCCUUCCACGGUCCCAGAGAUGCAGAGGAGUAACCUGGCGCCGGUCAUCCUUCAGCUGAAGGCCCUUGGGAUUGACAAUGUCCUGCGCUUCCACUUCUUGUCGCCGCCCCCAGCACAGUCCAUGGUUCAGGCCUUGGAACUUCUGUAUGCGCUCGGAGGCUUGGACAAGCACUGUCGUUUGACUGAGCCACUUGGUGUAAGAAUGGCAGAGUUUCCACUUAACCCAAUGUUCGCCAAGAUGCUGCUGGAGUCGGGUAAUUUUGGAUGUUCGGCUGAAAUUUUAAGCAUUGCAGCAAUGAUGCAGAUUCAGAAUAUCUUUGUUGUUCCUCCAAACCAGAAAGCUCAAGCAACAAGAGAACUUCGAAAGUUUGCGGUGGAAGAGGGAGACCACCUGACGAUGUUAAAUGUGUUUGAGGCUUUUAUCAAGUUUAACAAGAGCUCACAGUGGUGUCAGCAGCACUUUCUCAACUACAAGGGGCUUAUGAGAGCGGUCACUGUGCGGGAACAACUGAAGAAGCUUCUCAGCAAGUUUAAAGUACCCAAGAUAUCUAGUGAAGGAGAUCCAGAUCCCAUUUUACGUUGUAUAGUCGCUGGUUUCUUUGCCAAUGCUGCCAAGCUUCAUUCCACAGGCGCCUACAGGACAUUAAGAGACGGUCAUGAAUUACAUAUACAUCCAACAUCAGUUCUAUAUGCCGAGAAGCCUCCAAACUGGGUGCUAUUCAGUGAGGUGAUCCAGACCAACAAGUACUACAUGCGGGAUGUGACUGCAGUCGAGUCAGCAUGGCUGCUGGAGCUGGCCCCGCACUUUUAUCAGCAGGGAACGCAUCUAUCUCGAACCAGGAAAAGGGCCAAGCUGGACAAUUUGUAAACCCCCGGCAUUUAUACGUAACCACAAGAGAGAAAAUCAACUCCGCUCUCGCCAACAUCUCUGUCUGACCUCAACUCCCAUGGAGAUCUGCCUGCCUUCCUCUGAGGAUGGAGUUCAGGGCCUCUCACCGUUUCGUGGGGCGGCUUCUUAGCGCCGAGCAUAUUCAUGUACAUGUACUCUGAGCUCCAAAUUGUGUUUGGCUGUGCCAUUCCACACAACGUCUUCCUUUAGGCACAUAGUAUAUGUAUUUCUAAGUAUAUAUAUGUAUGUAUAACAGAAAGCCGUUUUAUUUUUUUAAGUUGUAAAUGACGGAAAGGAAGUGAAUAGGGUCAGAUGCCAGGAUAGCAAAUCCUCACAAGGUGAGAGUAGCACCGGUGCCGUUUUUGCAAUUGCUACCAUCUUUGUUACAUAGGCUUAUUUUUAUCAAUGCGCAUCUACUCAUCAGGUUUGCAAAGGGUAUCUGUCAGCAGGUUUGUACCUAUGACACUGGCUGACCUGUUCUAUGUGUGCUUGGCAGCCGAAGGCGUCUGUGUUGGUCCCAUGUUCACAUUUGGAAUAAAGAGGGGGGCAGUGUUGUGUCACCCAAGUACAAUCAAAAAAUGCCUAUACUAAUAUGGAGGGGGAGUGUAUAAUAAAACGUAACUUUUACUAGAUAUACAAUAAAAAUGCAAAACUCCAAGAAAUAUCAAUACGAGACAAGUGCGGAGUUAAUCUGUGAGAUAUACCCCCAUGCUGGUAAUAAUUAUGUCACCCAAUGAUGAAUAGGUGUCAGUAAUUCACAAUGUAUAGUAGAACGGUCUUACCGGGUCCUUAAAAAAAAUUGUAAUAUGGGUCCGGUACCGAAUAGGGCACCAUUUGGUUCUGUAGGGGUCCUGGUGUCCGUGCAGUGGUGGUAUAGUUUGUACUGGGAGGUUUCUAUCCCUAGUGUCACCCUAACAAAUAGGGGAGGGAAACAACUUACACCUUACCUAUCUAGACAGAGCACCCGUCCC